AUGGAAGUGCCUAUUUAUCAUCGACCGGACAAGGCUGGUAAGUCUAUUUUACUGUCUCAACCCUAGCCCCGAGCCCCGAGCCCCGAGCCCUAGCCCUAGCCCUAAGACGUAGCCUAAACUACAGCCUAAGCUAUAGCUUAAGCCAUAACCUAAGCCAUAGUCUAAGCUCUAGUUCUAGCCUAGCCUUAGCCCCAUCAUAAGGCCUAGUUCAAGCUCUAGCGCUAGCAUUAGCCCGAGCUUUAGGCUUAGUCCUUGCCUUAUCAUGAGGUCUAGUCUAAACCUAAGUCCUAGCCUAGACUUUUAUUCUCAAUAAGCGCUAGCUCAUUUUCUUAGUAUUGUAUUUUCAAUAUUACUAGUUCGACAAUAGAUGCCACUAAUGUUUCUAGAAAGACCAGCAAAUUGUCCAAAGAGUCAGAUGAGUGAGAUAAUCAAAGCUUGUACGGACGAAUGUCAACGUGAUUCGGAAUGUCCUUCACGGCGAAAGUGUUGUUGGAACGGUUGUGCCAAGCGAUGCACAAAGCCUUUGAUCAAGGAUCCAACCAACUACCUUAACCUGCCACUUCUCACCAACGAUGAUUGA